GCUGAUCAUACUUGAAAAUCAUUUUCUUAGAAUGCUUGAUACUGUCACGAUGGAGCGACUAUUGUCGGCGAUGUACGCUCGCGAACCGCAUAUGAAGGUGGUGGCGGCUGUGACGGGCGGUGGAGUCUCCGUUGCCGAGAGCCUUUUCCGACCUGGUAGUUCCUCCACCAUGUUGCACUUCGCUGUCCCCUACUCGCGCGCGAGCCUGCAAUCGUUCUUAAGUUCAGUGCCUUCGACGUCCUCCAAGCUCAAGUUCUGCUCGGCGGAUACAUCAGAGCGCAUGGCGUUGGCUGCGUGGAAAAAGGCGAACGAUAUUACCAGGAAUGAGGCCGAGGAGGACGAUACACAGGCUGCAGCGGCGCUGCCAAGUGCUCUGAUGCGAUUCCGCGCAUCUUUGGGUAUCGCUUGCACGGCGGGACUGGCGACCAAUUACCCCAAAAAGGGCCCACACGAGUGCUUCUUGUCAGUGUGCCAGGCUCGCUCGGUGUCUAAGAGUACAGCGUUCCUGCAGCCGAAGUGUGAAACUUAUCACCUCCAGCUGGACAAAACGCUGGGUCGCUCGAGGACGGAGGAAGAUCAUAUCGUGAGUCGCUGGCUCGUGUAUCUCCUCGCCAAGGCUGCUGACGUGGACUCCGAGGCUUGUUCUGCUUUCCACGAUGAAUUGAUGUCAGCGCACACUGGAAGUGAUGCUAUCGUGAAGUUGACUUCUGAUGAAGAAGAUAGCAGUGCAAACAACCCGUUGCAUGAUAUCUGCAUCGGCAAAUCGGAUCAACUCAUGAGCGUUGCGUUCUUGCCUGAGGGGCCGACAGAAAGCGCUAGUGGUGCUGGUUCGACGGUUGCUGCACGAGGUUUUGACUUUCGCGGACUUAUCUUGCCAGGAUCCUUCAAUCCGCUUCACAAGGGUCAUGUGGAUCUGGCACGUGUUGCUCAGCAACUGGUGAAGGAUCGAACUGGGGUGGAGCUGCCUGUGGCAUUUGAGCUUGCAGUUGCUAACGCAGACAAAGGCGCGAUCGAGUCGUCAACCAUCUCGUCUCGAGUCGCUCAGUUUGCUGAUGGCAAUGCUUCAGGACUCGGCGCAUGGCCCCUACUGGUCACGAACGCCACGCUUUUCGGCCAGAAAGCGGAGCUGCUGCCCGGUUGCGCUUUCGUUAUUGGCGCUGACACGGCAGUUCGCAUCGUGGACAAGAAGUACUACGACAUGGACGAGCACAAGAUGGUGUUGGCGCUGGAUCGCAUCGCCCGCAGUGAUUGCUCCUUCGUGGUGGCGGGUCGCUUCGACAACAAAGUGGAGAACCGCUUCAUCAGUGCGGACGAGGUACUAGACGAGCAUGUGCCGCCUGUAUUCCGCCAUCUCUUCAUACCCCUGCCUGAGUCUGCCUUCCGCAAUGACAUCUCUUCAACUGAGAUCCGCCAGCAGAUGGCUACAGAGUAAAAACCGUAUCAUUCAUUGGUCAAAAUAAUCAAAAUGUCGACCAAUUUUACACCAAUUGGGAUCAAC